AUGGCCGUUACUAUUUCUGUUAAUCAAAUACUGGUUGUUUCGUAUUUAUUAAUAAAUUCUGUUAUUAGUCAAGAAGCUAUAAAAAGCGCAAUCAACGUCGAUGACAAAGGAAACUGCACCUGCGGUGGCUUCUCCGUUUCCACUAUCAGCGCUGAGGAUAAGCCGCUCCUGGCCCAGUCGCCUGGCUUGACGGUGAAAUGCAACGAAGACGGUGAGACAGCUUGCAAGAACCUGUGCGUCGCGCUAGCAAACGUCACGAAGGCCAAAGGGCCCGAGAUUCUAUGCAAAAGACUCAAGGUCGCCGACGAGCUCAAGCUCUCCGCGUUCUUCAAAGUUUGCGACAAUCCGUGGAUAUACGCCGACAUGACGGCGGACGAGCCCCUAUGCUGUGAAAAUGAGCUGGUCAAGACGUGCGCUUCUAUGCAGAAAGAAAACUCCACCGUCGUAGUUGACGCAAAAACUGUUAUG